CUCUACCCCCCCCCCCCCCUCUCUCUCUCUCUCUCUCUCUCUCUCUCCAAAACAUACACUUAUGGGGUUUCCAGUUGGUUACACAGAUUUAUUCCUACCCAAACUCCUCCUUCACAUCCUAACCCUAUUGGGCUUCAUCAGAAAACUCAUCUCCUUCAUUUUCCAACUAACCGGGUUCGGUGAUUUCAUCGAACCCGAAUACUCAUCUGACCCGACUCGACCCGAACCCGUUACCCAUUUCCAUUCGGUAUCCGCCGAGCUAAUUCGCGAGCACUUACCAGUGGUUAAGUUCUCGGAGUUGGUUGAUCCACCAGAGAGUUGUGCGGUUUGUUUGUACGAGUUUGAUGCUAGUGACGAAAUUCGUCGACUGACGAAUUGUCGUCACAUAUUCCACAUGUCCUGUCUGGACCGGUGGAUGGACCAUGAUCAAAAAACGUGUCCGCUUUGUCGGACACCGUUUAUUCCUGAUGAUUUACAGGAUUCGUUUAAUGAACGGUUGUGGGCUGCUUCUGGGAUUGCUGAUUACUAUGGGGAUUUAUCUUUGGUUAGUGGUUAAUAGUGUUACAAAGUUAUUUUUGUUUUUGUAAAUAGUUUUUAGAGGUUUGUAUAAUAUAUGUUCUUGUGGGGAAAAAAAGAAAGAAAAUGAGAAGCAUAUAUUGUAUUGACAAAAAGAAUGGAUAGAAAUAGAAUUAAUGGAAAUUUUGGUAUUUUUUUUUCU